AUGAGCUCUUCUGUUCUCCCCAGCCACGCCACCAUCGAUAAGGGCUUAGCCCCUUCCUAUCAACAUUUCAAGGAUCGCUACAAUCUGGACGGCCUCGUGGAAGACAUCAAGCAGCACUUGGGACAGUCCGGAGGCAUCUCAUCCGACGAGGUCGACUCCCAAUACUUGAUCUCAUUAUUAAAGAAAUACACUUCUGAUCCCACCGACUGGAUCAGCUUCUUCCACAAUGAUACCAGUAAGAAUUACACGCGCAAUGCGAUCGAGAACAUCAAUCACAAAGCGAACAUACUUCUUCUCGUGUGGAACCCUGGAAAGGGCUCGCCUAUUCACGACCACGCUGAUGCUCACUGCAUCAUGAAGGUCCUGGCCGGACAAUUGCACGAAACCGUCUACCACACCCCUGAAAACAAGCCAGGAGAAUGCAAACCUCUGGCUAUCAAAUCCGCCAAAACUUUGGGAAUGAACGAAGUCACCUACAUCGCCGAUGAUAUUGGUCUUCACCGAGUUCACAACCCCAGCAGUGACCAGCUGGCGGUUUCUUUACACCUCUAUACCCCACCAAAUGCAGCUGACUACGGCUACAAUAUCUUCGAUGAAGCCACUGGGUCUGCGAGCCACGUCUCGCAGGCUCACUCGGUCCCAAAGCCCCAAUAG